UCGCUUGGAGCGCGGGUCGGCCGACGUCGGGAUGCUUUCCGGACCCUCGCCAGACAUUGUGGGUUAAAUUUCUGGGUGUCUGAGAGACAAAAUUUUCUUUUUUGUUUGUUGGUUUUGCUUUGCGUGAUCGAUCACACACACGCGCAGUGCGUGGGGCGAAGAACGUGAUGCAAAAGCGCGCACGCGUAUAAUCUUUUAUCAGGAGGGAAAUGUUUUGCGGUCCCUUGCUGCGCGAGUCCCGGAAUGCGCGUCGCCUUUCUGGGGGUUGCCGCCGGCCGGUGUGAUGUGGGUUGUUCUAGACCUUUCGACAAGCGCAACUAUCAUGUCAUGUCAUCCAUGUCAUGGGCGCACAAGGCCAGGUCUGGGGGGUGGUGGUAGUGGAGCCCUAGCAAGCUUUGGUCGCGGCAAAGUACCAACAAGACCUCAGGAGGGCGGCAAGGCGCGUGUCAGGCUGGCCACAAGGAAGGAUGCUAAAUGUAUUGGUUGGGAGUCUUUGGUGCAAGAUGCACGUGCAAUGGUCACAAUUGGCGGCCUUGGAGCCUCGCGCGGGACGUUUGUUACAAAUGGCAAGGCCCCGACAACUCUAAAAAUUCGCCUGCCGCCCAGGAUAGCUAGUGGAGGCCAAGCCAUUAAUGGAGCCCAUCCUUGGUUCAGGGGACUUCGGGCGGCAGGCAGCCGACGGUUCGGGACAGGGAUCUACAAUAUGGUCACCACCAAUGUGGUUGAUACUUGUCGCAGUUACGCAGGGGAACAGUUUCCAAUCUUACUGCGUGCGAACUCUUAG